UCAUUCGAGGUAUCUACUUUAUUACUUAUUCAUAAUUAUAUGCUCAUAUUUUUUGUAUACUGUGUUUCCUCUUUCAUUGUUUUUAAAUACUUCCUUAUUUUUACCCCAAAAUGAGUGGAUCAAGUAAAAGACAAUGGACCUAUAAUUUUAAUACUGAAUGGGAGGAUUUAUAUUGCUUCGUCAAUUUAAAAGACAAAUGUAUUUGUUUGUUGUGUGGAAAUAGCAUCACGGUGCCGAAAAAACAUAACGUUGAACGUCAUUUCCUGACAAUUCAUGCUACUUUUAAUACGAACUAUCCACUUAAAUCUGAAAUAAGAAAGAAGAAAAUAGAUCAACUAAAAUCAAAUCUGUUUGCUCAACAGUCAGUUUUCACUAGGCCUGCGUUAAGAUCUAAAAAUGCUACUAUUGCUUCUUUAAAAAUUUCUCACAUACUCGCAAAGAAGAAAAAGCCUUUCCAGGAUGGUGAGUUGUUAAAGGAAGCAUUUCUUACUGGUGCUGAUUGCUUAUUUGAGGGAUUUUCUAACAAACGUGAGAUUAUGUCAGCAAUACAAGAUUUACAGUUGUCAGAUAACACCGUUACAAGAAGAAUACAAGCCAUUUCAAAGGAUAUGCAAACUCAGUUAAAGAGUGAUUUGGAAAUAUGUGAGUGGUUCUCACUUCAAUUUGACGAGUCUACCGACAUAUCAGACACAGCACAGUUAGCAGUUAUGGUGAGAAUGGUAUUUGGUGACUUUACUGUAAAAAAAGAUCUACUAAAAAUAUUACCCAUGAAAGGACGAACAACAGGUGAGGAUAUCUAUAAAAUAUUUAUAACAUAUGCAAAGUCGAUAGAUAUGCCUCUCCAGAAGUUGUCUGCGAUAACCACUGACGGAGCACCAGCAAUGGUUGGUAAUGUCAAUGGAUUUAUUGCCCUCUGCAUAAAAGAUAAAUCAUUUCCAAAUUUUAUGUCGUAUCACUGUAUUAUCCACCAGGAAGUUUUGUGUGGUAAAAUACUACCCUUCGGACACGUCAUGAAAAUAAUUACAAAAAUAGUCAACUUAAUUCGCGCAGCUCCUUUGCAACACCGCCUUUUCAAGGCCCUAUUGGAAAAUCCUGAAGAUCCUGAUCUCAUUUUGCAUACUGAAGUAUGUUGGCUCAGUAAAGGCAAAGUUCUUGCUAGAUUUGUAAAUUUAAUUGAAGAAAUAAAAAAUUAUCUCAAUGCCAAACACCAAAAUUUUUUUGAACUAACAGACCCUUGUUGGCUAGCGGAAUUGGCUUUUUUCACAGACAUAAUGGAAAAACUGAAUUAUUUAAACUUAGAGCUGCAGGGGAAGGACAAACAUAUAGCUACAAUGAGAGGGUCUAUAAACUCAUUUAAAGCUAAAUUGGUUUUGUGGAUAUCACAUCUGAAGAUGAAGUCCCUUGUGCAUUUUCCAAAUAUGAAAAAAAUAAUAGGCGAUGGUGAAAUUGACUUAUCAACAUUCGUUAUCAACCUUCAGUUACUUCAAGACCAGUUUGAAAAGCGCUUUCAACAAUUUAAUAUCAUCGAGCCAAUUGUCACCUUUUUUGUCAAUCCUUUUACUUACCAAGUAAAUGUAACUGAACUAGCUACAUAUAUUUCAGAGCUUGUUCAAGUAAGGACAGAAGAACUGGAGAUAGAAAUUUUGGAUCUUCAGAAUGACAUUGUCCUAAAAUCCUUUAUAUCAGAUGAGAAUUUCUGGAAUAUAGUUGAAAGAAACAAAUUUCCAUUCUUGAAAAGAGCAGCAUAUAAAAUAAAGUCGUUUUUCGGUUCCACAUACUUGUGUGAAUCAUUGUUUUCGACAAUGAAUAUCAUAAAAUCAAACUACAGAUCACGACUAACAGAUGAACACCUUGACGAUGAACACCUUACGAGCAGGAAUAUCAUCAUAUUCUCCUAA